GUCCUCGCCCAGCCGAGAUAAGAGGCGGCGGAGCUGCGGCCCCCGCGUGCUUUUCGGGAGAAGGAAGAAGAAGAGGGCGAAGAGCCGCGGCCGGGCAAGGGCGCACCUGUUGGCAAAGGAUGGAUUGCCCUCGCGGCGGGGUGGAAAAGAGCCACCUGCUUAACGGGGCGGAAAGCAGGUCUUAUUCAGGAGUCUCAGGAAAGGACUUCCACGGUUCCGUGGUUGGCUUUGUACCUGGCCUCUCUUCGCUCGAGCUGGACCUCAAAGGAAACCUGCACUGUCACUCCAGCUGGGCAUCCAGCAAUGGCAACAAUGCUGACCAAAAGCGAGCUCGUCGGAAGCUUUACCUCGCUUCCGUCAUCUGCUUGAUCUUCAUGACAGGGGAAAUUGUAGGAGGGUAUUUUGCACACAGCCUGGCCAUUAUGACCGAUGCAGCCCACCUGUUGACUGAUUUUGCUAGCAUGAUGAUCAGCCUUUUCUCUCUGUGGAUGUCGUCUCGACAGCCUACUAAAACGAUGAAUUUUGGAUGGCACAGAGCAGAGAUUUUGGGAGCCCUGGUGUCCGUUCUCUCAAUCUGGGUGGUAACUGGCGUGCUAGUUUAUCUAGCAGUGCAGAGACUGAUUUCUGGUGACUAUGAGAUAGAAGGAAAUGCCAUGCUUAUCACUUCUGGCUGUGCUGUGGCUGUAAAUAUCAUGAUGGGCAUUAUCUUACACCAAUCAGGACACGGUCAUAGCCAUCACAGUCACAAGGAGGGGACGCAAAAUACUAGCGUGCGAGCUGCAUUUGUCCACGUAGUUGGAGACCUUGUGCAAAGCAUUGGAGUUUUGGUGGCUGCUAUCAUAAUCUACUUCCAGCCAGAAUAUAAAUACGUGGAUCCUAUCUGUACCUUUGUGUUUUCCAUCCUGGUCCUUGGAACAACACUGAACAUUCUCCGAGAUGUUAUCCGUGUGCUGAUGGAAGGUACUCCAAAAAGCAUAGAUUUCAAUGAGGUGAAGACCAUCCUGCUGUCCAUAAGUGGCGUGAAAGCAAUCCAUAGCCUCCACAUCUGGGCUCUAACAGUGUCUCAGCCGGUGCUGUCAGUCCAUAUCGCAAUCAAUAAAGAUGCUGAUGCCCAGACUGUCUUGAAGGAAGCCAGCUGCCAACUGCAAAAAGCUUUUGAUUUCCACACAACAACAAUCCAGAUAGAAAACUAUUCGGAGGACAUGAAGGAUUGCCAAAAAUGCCAGAGCCCCACAGACUGAUCCACUGUUGCCAAGUAAGCUGGAUAUGGAUGUCCAGCCAUGUUAAAGCUGCUACCUCAAAGUAUCCUAAGUGUAACCCUACUUACUGACUCUUUGUGGCUAAAUCCUUCUUCUGGAAUCAUCCAAUUGAAAGUGCAAUUCUUAACUUGUUUGAAAUGAAGCCAAAAGCUUUCUUUUCCUCCCUCCCUCCCUCCCUCUCUCCCUCCCUCCCUACUCCCUGAUUUAUAACAGAAUGGCAGGAAUUUCUUGUCUGUUUAUGUUGCCAUGGUAUCUGCUUUGUGCAUCAUUCCAUAUCUGCUUACUAGACAAGCAUCUCUCAAGUUUUAAUUUCAGUCAAUCAGCACAAUCUUAUAUUCACUAGUUUUAGAGGUCUCAUUACCAUUCUAGAACUAAAACAUGCCAGGCUAGGACCAUUU